AUGAUUGGACCUGGAAAUCAAGCACUGAACAUCAAUAGUGUCGUUGGCCAGCAUGCCAAUUUGGAAAUUACCCACCGCGGUUCAAAUUGGUACUAUGCAGUAUGUGCCUUUAUGGGUUUCUGUACUCUCCUCUUCAUGGGCCUGUCUUUCAUGAAACCUCGGGGUGAUCGUUUAUUUCACUACAUCACCGCAGGUAUAACUGCAGUCGCAUGUAUCGCUUAUUACGCGAUGGGGUCAAAUCUCGGCCAAGUUCCCAUUCAGGCUCAAUUCGUUCGUCCUGGUAGUCGCUUGGUGGGAGCGGCAGGCACCCGAGAAAUAUUCUACGCCCGCUAUUUAGAUUGGGCCAUCACUACACCAUUACUCCUUCUCGACCUUCUCCUGACUGCCGGAGUAUCAACUCCAAGGAUUUUAGUCACUCUUCUUGCCAACGAGAUUAUGAUUAUUACUGGUCUUAUCGGUGCUCUAACUCAAACUCGAUUCAAAUGGGGAUUUUGGGCAUUUGGCACGGCGGCUCUACUCUUUGUUGCUUACGAACUGCUGGUCAAUGCUCGACGACAUGCUUCGGUUCUAGGCGGAGACGCAAAGAAAACGUUUAUGUUAUGCGGCAACCUUCUUAUAUUUAUUUGGUUCUUAUAUCCCAUUGCCUGGGGUCUGAGCGAGGGUGGCAACGUCAUUCACCCGGAUGGGGAGGCCGUAUUCUAUGGUGUUUUGGACAUCCUAGCCAAACCCGUCUUCGGCCUCCUCCUUCUCUGGGGUCACCGCAAGAUUAGCAGUUCACAGCUGGGUCUACGCAUCCGUGAUCGCAGCCAUAUCACCAGCGAGAAGUACAACCACGGUGGCGAUAUCCACCCCGAAGGUCCCGGGGCGAAUGUCGGUGGCCCUACGAUUACUACCACUGGCGGUCAUCCUAGUGCCACCCAUACCGCCGUAUGA